UUUAAUUCAACCACGGUGAUCUAUGGCGAAAGGGUUUUAGGAGGUUUUGGGCAGAGCAUUGAAAACGCACCCACCAAUCUCUGCCCACCCACAAUGUCCGCCGCCGCCAAGCAAAUCCUAGCCGACCACCCUGAACCCAAAUCUGAGCAGCUCCUCCCUCCGGAUCUGCCAGCUCCGGAGACUCUCCCGUUGGAUCAGCCUCACUUGGACCCUUCCGAACCCGAAGCAAAGCAAAAUCUCGAUCACCAUGAAGAAAAGGAAGGGAAAGUAGAAGAAGCGGAAGAAGAAGAAGAAGAAGGAGAGUGCGGAUUCUGCUUGUUCAUGAAAGGUGGCGGUUGCAGGGAAUCGUUCAUCGAGUGGGAGAAGUGCACUGAGGAAGCGGAGAAGAACAAAGAAGACAUCGUUGAGAAAUGCAUCAAUAUCACUGCGGCGCUGAAGCAGUGUAUGGAGGCUCAUUUCGAUUACUACGAACCCAUCCUCCGCGCCGAGAAAGCCGCCGAGCAGCAAGCCAUCGCGGAAUUGAAGAAAGAAGCCAUGGAGAAAGAGUCCAAGGAGCAAGAUAGGGCUUCUUCUGAUUCUGAUCAAAAGUGAGAUCUUGCUAAUUCGAGAUUUUUUUACUUUUACUUUUAGCAAUUGUUUUGCUUGUAUUUUAAUGUGGAAAGAAGGAAUUGAUUACAGUUUAGUGGCUUAAGUUAUUGGAGAUGGAGAGUAUAGCUGACCACAGAAAGAGGCAUUUUUGAAUUCACAAUAAAUUAGAAUUUUCAUGAAUAUGUUCUUACUCGGAUUCACAGGUCUAUGAUAUGAUAUUGAUCGGUGAUCUAUCUCUGUUCAAUAAUUCAAUUUGUAUUAGAAGUAACAGUAUGAUGAACUGAUUACAAUUUUUGAACAAGUUAUACAUGAUUCAUGUCAUGUUUUGCUCUACUGGUUCCUCCUUAUGUAGGUGGUAGUUGAAUGUGAAGAAUCUCUAUAUGUAAAGUGAAGAUGUGGAUCAUCAUCUUCUGACUCUGUUUAGUACAAUUGAAUUCAGGUGUAUGACCGUAUGAAAUUUUUUGAUGAUCCAUGUGUUUGCCUUAAAUAUAACCAAGUGUAUUUGUCUUCAUUAUGAAGGAGCUUUGUGAAUCUAUAUCUACUUUGCGUAGUUUAUUGUGCCCUAGGAUAGAAAAUAUUCUGUUUCUCAAAUGGUUGUGGUGGAGAAGAUUUGUUUCUUGAUGAUUCUGUUGUAGUGGGGUUUUGAUGAGUAUAAGCGCUUGAUUUAGUAGGGAGGAAGAAAACUGGAGGACAGGACCAUUUUCCUUGUAUGCAAUGACCAACCAUGCAAAAGAUUCCAAAAUCAGAUGCUAUUUGUUUGAAAGUAAUAAAUCAGGUUGAGAUAAUUUAUAAUUUA